ACAGAGAAGCGGGCAGCGCUCGGCGGCGGCCGUCCUGAGACGGUUGCUCUGUGGCCGCGGUUCCCCCUUCCCAUUCCCCCCCGGAAGCCCCUCACACGGGAUCCUGUGGCCUGUCCGGCUGCCGACUCGUCCGCCCAGGCCCGGCCCGGCCCGGCCUUCUGCCUUUUCCUCAGCGCGGGGAGGAGAAAGACGGGAGACGCGGAGGAGGGUUCGCCGCGCCGGCUCUUGAGGCGAGGCGGCGCUCACCGGCGGCGGCAAGCAGGUUUCGUAGGGCUUCCCUGAGCAUGAAUUCAGGAUGAAGCGGCGAGCGGAGGAACAGGAAUCCCCCGUCUACGCGUCCCAGCAGAGGCGCAUCGCCAGCAGCGCCGAGCCCUUCCCGCACCAACACCGGAUGCUCGCUCCAGCGCCCCCGGUCUAUGAACCAGUUUCGGAGACCAUGCAGUCCGCUACGGGGAUCCAGUACUCGGUCACUCCCAGCUACCAGGUGUCCACCGUUCCCCAGAGCUCCAACAGCCACGGACCCACGUUAGCCGCCGUCCACAGCGGCCACCACCACCCGACCCCCGUUCAGCCCCACGGAAGCCAAGUGGUGCAGAGCCACGCCCACCCGACUCCGCCAGCGGCCCCCGUCCAGGGCCAACAGCAGUUCCAGCGGCUGAAGGUAGAAGAUGCUCUAUCAUACCUUGACCAGGUGAAGCUGCAAUUCGGUAGCCAGCCUCAAGUCUACAACGAUUUCUUGGACAUAAUGAAGGAGUUUAAAUCUCAAAGCAUCGACACUCCCGGCGUGAUCAGCCGCGUCUCUCAGCUCUUCAAAGGCCACCCCGAUUUGAUCAUGGGUUUCAACACUUUCCUGCCUCCCGGCUACAAAAUCGAAGUCCAGACCAACGACAUGGUGAAUGUAACCACCCCGGGGCAGGUGCACCAAAUCCCGGCCCACGGUCUCCAGCCGCAACCCCAGCCCCAGCCCCAGCACCCGUCUCAACCUUCGGCACAAUCCGCUCCCACCCCAGCGCAGCCGGCCCCCCAGCCCCCACCCGCCAAGAUCAGCAAGCCCUCCCAGCUACAGGCCCAUACGCCCACCAGCCAGCAAACUCCUCCGGUCCCCUACACCUCCCCUCGUUCUCCGCCGGUCCAGCCCCACACGCCCGUGACAAUCUCCCUGGGGGCCACCCCGUCCCUUCAGAACAAUCAGCCCGUGGAGUUCAACCAUGCCAUCAAUUACGUCAACAAGAUCAAGAACCGUUUUCAAGGGCAGCCGGACAUUUACAAGGCUUUUUUGGAGAUUCUCCACACCUAUCAGAAAGAGCAGCGCAAUGCCAAGGAAGCCGGCGGGAACUACACCCCAGCGUUGACCGAACAGGAAGUCUACGCCCAGGUGGCACGUCUCUUCAAGAACCAGGAGGACCUCCUCUCCGAAUUCGGGCAGUUCUUGCCCGAUGCCAAUAGCUCCGUUCUUCUGAGCAAGACCACUGCGGAGAAAGUGGAGUCGGUGAGAAACGACCACGGAGGGACCAUCAAGAAGCCCCAGCUGAACAGCAAGCAGCAGAGGCCCAACCAGAACGGCUGUCAAAUCCGGAGGCACGCCACCUCGGGAGUCACCCCGCCAGUGAAGAAGAAACCAAAGCUCCUCAAUUUGAAGGACCCGUCCUUCGCAGAAGCUGGCAAACAUGGGACGGAGUCGCUGUUCUUUGACAAGGUCCGCAAAGCACUGCGCAGCACGGAGGCCUACGAAAAUUUCCUCCGGUGCCUCGUCAUUUUCAAUCAGGAGGUCAUAUCCCGAGCCGAGCUUGUACAGCUGGUUUCUCCAUUUCUGGGAAAAUUCCCGGAGUUGUUCACUUGGUUUAAAAACUUCCUGGGUUACAAAGAAUCCUCACACCUGGAGAGCUUCCCAAAGGAGCGAGCGACCGAGGGGAUAGCGAUGGAGAUAGACUACGCCACUUGCAAACGGCUGGGCUCCAGUUACCGAGCCUUGCCCAAAAGUUACCAGCAGCCCAAAUGCACAGGUCGGACGCCGUUGUGCAAGGAGGUUUUGAACGAUACCUGGGUCUCCUUCCCUUCCUGGUCCGAAGAUUCUACGUUUGUGAGCUCGAAGAAAACUCAGUACGAAGAACACAUCUACCGAUGUGAGGACGAACGGUUCGAGCUGGAUGUGGUCUUGGAGACCAACCUAGCCACCAUCCGAGUCUUGGAAACGAUACAGAAGAAGCUCUCCCGCUUAUCGGCGGAAGAGCAAGCCAAAUUCCGCCUGGACAACACCUUGGGGGGCUCCUCCGAAGUCAUCCACCGCAAAGCUCUCCAGAGGAUAUACGCGGACAAAGCUGCCGACAUCAUCGACGGACUCCGGAAAAACCCAGCCGUUGCCGUGCCCAUUGUGCUGAAAAGGUAUCCGAGGCAAGAGCAAACCUCGGAGGACAACACCGGCCCUCACCUCUCCCUGGCCUACGAGGACAAGCAGAUUCUGGAGGACGCCGCCUCUCUGAUCAUCCACCACGUGAAGCGCCAGACGGGCAUCCAGAAGGAGGACAAAUACAAAAUCAAGCAGAUCAUGUACCACUUCAUCCCGGACCUUCUCUUCGCUCAGCGCGGGGAGCUCUCGGACCUGGAGGAGGAAGAAGAGGAAGAGAUGGACGUGGACGAGAACUCCGGGGCGGUGAAGAAGCACAACGGGGUGGGGGGCAGCUCCCCCAAAGCCAAACUGCUCUUCAGCAGCACGGUGGCUCAGAAGCUGCGCAGCCUGGACGAGGCCUACAACCUCUUCCACGUCAACAACAACUGGUACAUCUUCCUGCGCCUCCACCAGAUCCUGUGCCUGCGGCUGCUGCGGAUAUACAGCCAGGCCGAGCGGCAGAUCGAGGAGGACAGCCGGGAACGAGAGUGGGAGCGGGAAGUGCUGGGGGUCAAGCGAGAGAAGAGCGACAGUCCGGCCAUCCAGCUGCGCUUGAAAGACCCCAUGGACAUUGAGGUGGAAGACUACUACCCGGCGUUUCUGGACAUGGUGCGGAACCUCCUGGACGGCAACAUGGAUUCCUCCCAGUACGAGGACUCCCUGCGCGACAUGUUCACCAUUCACGCCUACAUCGCCUUCACCAUGGACAAGCUCAUCCAGAGCAUUGUCAGACAGCUCCAGCACAUCGUGAGUGACGAAAUCUGCGUGCAGGUAACGGAGCUCUACCUGUCUGAGAGCCACAACGGUGCCACGGGAGGGCUGCUGAGCUCCCAGUCCUCUCGCUCCCUGGUGGAAACGGCCUAUCAGCGCAAAGCCGAGCAGCUGAUGCAGGACGAGAACUGCUUCAAGAUGAUGUUCGUUCAGAGCAGAGGCCACGUUCAGUUAACCAUUGAACUGCUGGAUACUGAAGAGGAGAACUCCGACGACCCUGUUGAGGCAGAGCGUUGGACGGAUUACGUGGAUCGCUACGUCAACUCGGACUCCACGUCUCCUGAACUGCGGGAACAGCUGGCCCAGAAGCCGGUAUUUCUGCCCAGGAACCUGCGGCAGAUCCGGAAGUGUCAGAGAGGUCGGGAACAGCAGGAGAAGGACGGCAAAGAGGGGCCGGGCAAGAAGCCCCUGGAGAACGUGGAGAGCUUGGACAAGCUCGAAUGCAAGUUCAAGCUGAACUCCUACAAGAUGGUUUACGUGAUCAAGUCGGAAGACUACAUGUACCGGAGGACCGCCCUGCUGCGCGCCCAUCAGUCCCACGAGCGAGUCAGCAAGAGGCUGCACCAGCGUUUCCAGGCCUGGGUGGAUCGGUGGACGAAGGAGCACGUCACCCGGGAGAUGGCCGCCGAAACGAGCCAGUGGCUCAUGGGCGAAGCCCUGGAGGGCCUCUUGCCCUGCACCACGACUCGCGAGGCCGAGGACUUGCAUUUUGUGAGCAUCAACAAAUACCGCGUGAAAUACAGCACAACCUGUAAGACGCCCUGAACGCCGGUGCUGCGGGGAGGGGGGAAAAAAAAAGGGAAAAAACUGAAGCGUGUUUGGUGGGAGGGGAGGGGAGGAGCAUCCCCCCGCCCACACACACACACACACACACACACACACACACACGCGCGCGGAGAGACCGCGGGGAGGGGCAGUGCGGCGCGGGCAAAAUGAGGACGGCUCCCGCUGCCCGCUUCCUCCUUCCUCGCGCGGCUCCGUGACCCGCCACUCCCCGCGACUCACUCCGCCCGCAGACGUCCCAGGGGCCCGUUUUCCCCUCGGUCUUGUGGCACCGAAAGCCAGGCCGGCCGCCGGGAGCGCCCACAUCGGCCCACGCGGGGGCCCGGAAGGUCCGUGAGUCGCCCCCCCGAGGGGAGACGCACCUCGGCCUCUACGCACCAGCAACAGCCCUGAUCCUUUGGGUGCUAUUGAGUAGCUCGACCGGGACUCGGGUGCGUGGCGUAUUAUACCCCCCCCACCUUCUCCCCCUCCCCUCCCCACCUCCCUCCCUCCCUCCCCCAAAAGACACGAGUUUUAAGGCCAGAAUCUUUUAAGGAAGACGCCAGAAGCGCAGCGUCCCUCGUCUCGGGACUUGGCGGCAGACUUUUUGAAAACUUUUUGAGCCGCUUCCUGAGUUCUGCAGACCACCUGGGGGUGGGGAGGGGGAGUCAGACCCCCCCUACCCCGCUCAGUGGGUUUCGACUUUUCCUUCUCAUCCGUUGCGUUCCUGUGACCAGGGACUCCCGGCGUCCCUAAACCGAUUUAAGAUCAGUCUGUUUUAUCUAGUGCCAGUGGAACUACCAUUUUAUUUGAGUUUUAUUAUUAUUAUUAUUAUUAUGACUAUUAUUAUGUUUUGUACCUGCUUGUUUACUAGGCUCUUAGUGCCAUGCACCAGCUGUUCACACAAACACACUCUUUCUCUCUCCCUCCCUCUUUCUCUCUCUCUCUCUCUCUCUCUUUCUCUUUCUCUCUCUCUCACACAUACACAAACUCUUCUCAGUCACACAUGCACGCUUUGACAAUAGCAGCCACAAAAACGAUUUUAAUCCGGUUCUUCGCCUUCCGCUCCCCAUUUCCUGGUUGGUUUAUAUAUUUUUAUUUUUUUUGGUUUGUUGGUUUUUUGGUUUUUUUUUUUUUGUAAAUAAAUGUACAUAUUUGUCGAAUUUUUUUUUCUUUAAUUAAAAGAAUUAAGUGUGCUUCAUGUGCUAGUACAACUCUUACUAGCCUUUUUUUUUUUUUGGAGUUACCAGAUGGUUUCAGGGGUUUUUAAGUACGUCACCAGCGAGGGCGGCGAAGUCAUUUUGUUACACUUCCUACCAAAGGGAGUUGGCCUUGUAAUGCUUUCAUGUGAAGGUUGUUUCUCCUUUUUCUUUUUCUUCUUUUUUUUUGUAAAAAUAAAUGAAAAGACCCCCACCCCCCCCCCCCUCCGCCUGCCAGAUACACACACACACACACACACACAGAUAACUAAACAAUAAGGAGAAAGAUCUUAGUUCUUCCUGGGGGGAAAAAAAGAGAGAGACGGGACUUGCCUGGACCUGUUGCUCUGUUCUGAGAGGUUGCUUGGGGCAAGAGAUCUACUGGAUCUACUCCUCAGGGAGAAUCUACCUGACCUGUCAGGGG